AUUUGUCGGCGCAGGGCUCUGAUGAUAAAUCAUCAGAAUAGAGAAUUAUAACUUUUUGUCAAAGACAAUUUAUACACGACUUGUAUUUGUAAAUUGUUUAAUAUUAAUCACAAAGUGUAAUAAUAUUAAAAGCAGAAGAAAGACAACAUAUAAACUCUGUUAGAGAAUGCUUGCUUAAAGUAAUAGAUAUAUAAUUUUGAGCAAAUGAGUAUUGAUUCUUACCGGCAGUCUAUAAACGAAACGCUUUAUGCUUUCGCUUUACAAUUUGAAAAAUUUGUAGAUUUUGCUAUAAAAACUGCUGGAAAAAUUGGUAAAGAAAUUUCCGAUCCGACCUUCUCGUGGAAAAGUCCAAUACAGUUUACUUCACUUCAGUGGACUCUAUUUAAACUGCUGUGUAUACUUUUAUUACUUACAUCGUUAUUGAUUUGUUAUUCCUGGAGGGUGUAUGGUAAAGUAAUUACGGAUAAAUUUGUUAGACCAAGUACCCUUAAGGAAAUUGAAGAACUUAAACUGUCUGUUGCAAAGUUAAAGUUGCCUAAAGAACACUCACCUAGAAUAUAGACAACAUACGUACAUUCUUUAAUAUCAAAAAUGUCUAAAAUAAAGAAAUUCUUUUCGAAGAAGAAAGAA